GUUCGUUUUGGGUGCCAAAGAAUUGAUGAAGACCUUAUCAGCAGGUUUGAACAAUUAACUGGUAAAAAGGCACAUCACUUGCUAAGGCGAAACAUUUUCUUUUCUCAUCGGUAAGUCAAUUUUUCAAUACAAAUAAAACAUUAUUCAUCAAUUUACAAACAUCAACUAAUACUAUCCCGAUAACCAAAGGGUUUACAAACUAUGGCCUGUGGGUCAAAUGAGGCCACCGCUUCUUUUUUUACUAAUUUGGAAUUUUACGUUUCACCAAUUUUAAAAUGUUUUUGUAUUGUUUUUUCUGUACUGGAUAUCCACCAUGGACCACUACUUUGAUUCGGAUAUGUUUUGUGUCCCUCCUAACUUUGGACUUUUGUUGUUUUGGAUUUUCUUUGUUGCAAAGGUUAGUGAGAUUCACCGCCUACACGGUCGGCCAUCUUUGUCGGCACCACGCUCAUCGCACGGUCAAGUCGACGUUACGGUCAGUGACACACGCAGUCCCCACGGCGGUAACCGACCUGUGCUUGCAUACACACGUGAUCGUCUUUUGUCAAUGAAUGCCAAGCGUACGCAUCUGACCGCUGACCUCGUGUGUCGACUGAAAGAGCUUUUGAUUGGUCGAGGCCUGCCUCGGAAGCGCACCCACCGUGGUGGUAGACGAAAACAACAACAACUUGUCACUCAUUCUUUACCAAGACCUACUCUACACUACUCGGACCCUGCCAACCUCAUUCACAUCAAAACCUCUCCACGUUCUAUCAACAAACAACUUCUCAUUGCCACAUUCAACGCCCAGUCGCUUGGCCCCUAUGAGAAACGAAUUGCAGUCUCCGAAUUUGUCUCUGAUAGGCAGAUUGACAUUCUGUUUAUCCAGGAGACCUGGUUUCGGCUGACUGGCGAUGAGGGGAAGUGCACCGAUCUCGCUCCCUAUGGCUAUUCUGCCAGAUCAUUUCCCCGUUCAACUCGCGGCGGAGGCCUUGCUAUUAUAUAUAGAGACACGUUGUCCCAUCAUACAGCUUUUGUCACAGACCUCCCAUUCGUCCACACGUCUUUUGAGGUAGUUCAAUUUACACUGUCAGUGCCCCAGCAGACAGUUCAUUUCAUGUGCAUAUAUCGCACCUUCCCUAGUAAGAAAAAUAAAUUGACCGACUCAGUGUUUCAUCGAGAAUUCCCGGAUUUGAUUGACCACUGCAACACAUUGACCGGGACUUACAUUGUACUAGGCGACAUGAACUUCCAUUUUGAUCAACCACAGCACCCCUCCACUGCUAGGAUGUUGGAUCUCUUGGAUUUAUUCAGUCUUCACCAAUCGGUCGACCAACCGACUCAUAAUCGUGGACAUAUUCUUGACUGGGUACUACAUAGGCCUCAAGAUGGUGUAGUUAGAUCUACUUCAAUCACGCAAGAGCUGUCCUCUGACCACUUCUGUGUUAUUUGUGAACUUAGUGUUAGUGCCCCCAACCCUCCCCCUCAGUUUAGGGAGGUGCGCAGUCUGCGAGCUAUAAACAGGGAUGCAUUUAAGCAUGACCUAAGCGUAGAAGUGUCCCCUGCCCUCUGCCCCACAUUGGAAUCACUAGACCGUGCAUUGCGCGCUGUGCUUGACCGACACGCCCCUGUCACCCGCCGCAAUUUUAGUCUAAAGCGGUCAUCUCCCUGGUAUGCGACCAUCAAGGAGGAACUACGCAGUGCCAAGAAAGAGCGCCGUAGUGCAGAAAAGAAGUGGUUAAGGUCAGGUCUUGUGGUUUUUAAGCAGAUAUUUUACGCUGCCAAGAAGCGUGUCAAUCAGAUUGUUUGUCGUGCAAAGACUACGUAUUUUAGCCAAAAGAUAACUAUGGGUAAAACCAGCAGGCAGUUGUUUGAUGUUUGUGGUCACCUUAGGGGGAGUAACAAAGGAACUGCGCUUCCUUCGGUGUUUCCCCUGCCCAAGCAACCAGAUAUUUUCUGUAAUUUCUUUACAAGCAAAGUAGCUGACAUUCGAGCUGAGCUUGAUCGUCUUGAUGCCCCUCCCCUUGAAUUGCCUCCUUUCCCUUGUCUUACUUCCCAUUUUAAUAUUUUUAAACCUGUUUCAGAACUUGAGGUAAAAAAUAUAAUCCUAAAAUCUAAACAUACGUCAUGUUAUUUGGAUCCCAUCCCAACCCCCCUGUUGGUUGAGUCAUUAGAUAUCUUGCUCCCAACAAUAACCCGCAUAAUAAAUGAAAGCUUAUAUUCUGGCACUGUUCCGCCUCUUUGCAAAUCAGCUGUCAUCAAACCAUUGCUUAAGAAGCCCGGUCUGGAUGAAAAUAAUUUAAAAAACUAUAGACCUGUAUCUAACUUAUCAUUUUUAUCUAAAGUUAUUGAAAAACUAGUCCUAAAACAACUUUUUGCUUACUUAAAUGAUCACUCUCUUCUCAGUUCUAAUCAGUCGGCCUAUAGACAUUUCCAUAGCACGGAGACAGCUCUCUUGAGAGUCAGUAAUGACCUCUUGCGCGCAAUGGACAGCGGUAAUGUCUCCAUUUUGAUCCUCUUAGACCUCAGUGCGGCCUUUGACACUGUUGACCAUGAAAUCCUUUUCAAAACCCUUGAAAACUACUUUGGAAUUUCUGGUUCGGUUUUGGCUUGGUUUAGGUCCUACCUCUCUGAUAGAACGCAAAUGGUCUCUGUCGAUGGCUGUCUCUCCGGCAGUGCUGAUUUGGUGUACGGAGUGCCACAGGGGUCCGUUUUGGGUCCGGUUCUAUUCAUAAUGUAUACCAGACCACUACUCCUCUUGCUCGGGAGGCAUGCUGUUGAGAACCAGUCAUUUGCAGAUGAUACACAGCUAUACAUGCAUACCCAUCCAUCUCUUGUCGAUUCCGCUGUCCAGACUUUGCGGGGGUGCAUUGAUGAUGUCAAGUCUUGGAUGACACUCAGCAAGUUGAAGCUUAAUGAUGACAAAACAGAAGCACUCCUCAUUUACAAUCACAAAUCAUCCUCUACCUCAACUCUUCCCACCUCAUUUCAAGUAGGUAACUCCGACAUACAGUUUACACCCUCUGCUAGGAAUCUUGGUUAUAUUCUUUCUAACAACAUGUCUCUCGAUAAACAUAUCUCUCACAUUUGUCGUUCGGCAUACACCGCCAUCCGUCAGAUCAGCUCCAUCCGCCACUACCUGACAGUUAGCGCAACAAAAACUCUAGUCUGUGCUCUUGUUCUCUCUCGUCUUGACUAUUGCAACUCACUUCUGUCAGGUUCACCGAAACAUUUUAUAGAAAAACUGCAGAAAGUUCAAAACUCUGCUGCUAGGCUUGUUCUUAAGGCAAAAAAACGCGAUCACGUCACUCCACUACUCCACUCACUACAUUGGCUCCCUAUACAGGCACGCAUUGACUACAAGCUGUCUCUUCUCUGUCACAACUUUUUCUCGGAUUCCUGCCCUUCCUAUCUAACUGAACUUCUUUCUGUCUAUUCACCCCUUCGACAACUUCGCUCCUCCGCAGACUCGCGUAUUCUGUCCGUUCCCAAGACACGCACUAAAUUAUAUGGUGAACGAUCUUUCUCUUUCUGCGCCCCCAAACAAUGGAAUUCUUUGCCACUACACAUCCGCAAUAUAACAACCACACAGGCCUUCAAAACUGCACUCAAAACACAUCUAUUUAAACUAUACUACUCUGACUGAUUCUCCUCCUAUAAACCGAUAAACGUACAUGGGUUUCCUUGUAAAAAUGUCUGGUGUGGGUGGAUGAAUAUACCUAUGGUGUUGUUUUGCUUAUAUGUUGUUUUAUUUCAUUUAUGUAUUUUAUUUCAAUAUUAUGAUUAUGCCUCUUUGCUAUAUAUGUACAGCGCGGUGAGCCCAGCCCUAGGCCGGGGUACCGCGCUAUAUAAGACCACUUAUUAUUAUUAUCACACCUUGGGAACUCAGCCUUCGCUUUUUCUUGUUGACCCCAGCUGUGACGUCUAAGCCAUUAUAAUAGGACAGUGUUUCCACUGGUGUAUAUACAUAUCAUUAUCUCCCUAACACAUAUGGAUAAGCUCAUCUCUCUAUCCUAUAACUGUGAUGAGCUUUUUGUUUAUUUUAAUUUAUGAGUACGUAUGUCCAGAGUUUAAGUUUUCAAAUGACGUAUUUAAUGGCACCUCUUUACGCUAGAAAUGUGCAUUGUCAAUAGGAGCUCAACAAAACCAUUAAUCCUAAACCCUCUAACUUGUUAUGUUUUUAAGUGAACUCAUUGUCAUGUGUAUGUUUAGAGACCACCUGAGACUUAGAAUAGUAAUUCUCUCUCCAAACUAGUGGCAUAAGUAAACAUGCCAUAUCACCAUCUAACACACAUGCAUUUCAAGUGCACUACUCCCCAGUUUUGGGGCUAUAAGUAAAUGUAACUUUACUUUUUAGCCCAGUUUUCUCAUAGCCCAUUAAAAGACAAAAAUUGUUGAUCAUUGAUUUAGACAAUAAUUAAUUUUAUUAAUAAUUAUGAACCAAAAUUGAGAAUAUAGAAUCCAUAUUCCGCCACAUUCUUGGGUGUGUGAAUUGGUAUAAUGUAUAAGAUAAUGUCAAUAGAAGUGUUGCAUGAACAGAGAUGAUAAUUGCUGGAAAGGUGGCAAAGCUCAGUAUCUUUUUUGUUACUGUUAAGGAUUUGAACGUGUUCUUGUUGUAAGCUGUUCUUUUGCCUUAACCAUUCUGCCAAAAUGCCAACUUUUUCUUUAUAUUAUCAGCAAAUUAAAAAUAUUUAUUAAAAACCCAAAUUGUUGUAGGCCUAUAUGAACAAGAAUUUGUUUUGAAACUUAUGUUUUAAAUGAAUUUCAGAGAAAUUGACCACAUUCUGGACCUCUAUGAGCAGAGGAAACCAUUUUAUCUUUACACAGGAAGAGUUCCAUCUUCAGAGGCCAUGCACAUGGGACAUCUAGUGCCUUUUAUCUUUGCAAAGUAA